UUCAGCCCUGUGUUUACAGCUUGGCGUAUGUUUCCAGUUUGAGCGAGUAUUGCUAACAUUGCGAGAGCCGUGUCUGAGACCACCCUGUGAUGAUGUAAUUACCCAACACAGGAUGUGCAGUAGAGGGGAUCGUAUCUCAGGGGACAGUAAUGUAAUCACCUGAGCAAAGUAAUCACAGUGAGCUCUAAAUACACUCUCACAGACUGGGAAUCCAAUAGAAGCACAUCAACUAACAUUAACAUUAACAUUUAUUGUUAAAAGUUACACAUUUGAAAAUCUAUUCCUCCUAUUCCCAUGUCUUUGUAAGGAGGAAGAAAGGGCACUUUUUUAUUUUAUUACUAUAGUUUUUUGGAAAGAUUUGUUAAAAAAUAAAAUGAUAAACUGAAAUAAAAUAAACUGAUUUCCUUUUGAAAAUAUGUGUUUUUAAUAGAAACAUUCUUUUAUAACUUUUAGAAACGUACAGUAAUAUGAAUGUUUGAGUAACAUGACACGCAUGUCAUUUAAUGGCACCAUUGGAAUAUUUAAUACAAAAGUUGUAUUUAUUUAAUCAUUUUAGUUCCGUUUUAGUAUUAGUCAGACCUUUACAAGUGAUUCAGAAUGACGAAAAGAAAACAAGACUUGGACUUGACUGCUGUGUGCAGUAGAUGGAUUGCAUUCAGGCAGACCUUGAAUAUUUAAUCAUUGAAAGAAAUGCCCUGGAACGGGCCCUGGCCAGAGCAUCCUAUAGAGUAGUUUACUGGCCCUGGACGGCGCUCUCGGGGGACAGUAACACAUAUUUCAACUAUCUACUUUAUCGUUCACUUAAGAUACUGGCAGUCAAAAGGGUACGGGGCAGGGAACUUGGCAACGACGGUCUGGAACGAGAUUAGAAAACAACAUUGUUCAACUUAAGCGGUACCUCAAAACAUCCUGAACAACAACACUAGAUGAUUCACAAGGGCAUCUGCUACACCUAUCAAAUGUUUUUAAAAUGCCCGUUUUGACCAAUGUUUUGGGAAUGCUCACUUAUCAGAGAUUCAUUUUCUGUUGACGCAGUCAUAGUUAUUAAGAUCCACAACACCCAGUCCCUGCCCUGUCUGCUUAGUGCCGAUUCAUCUUUAUCUCCCACUUUAAACCAGUGUAAACUACUGCUGGCAGGCCUUACUGCAGCAAAAAAGACCAUACUGACAAUGUGGUUUCCUCCCACACUUCAGAUGAUUGAAUGCUGGAUGGCGUCCUACCUGUGUAUAGCAUCCAUUGAGUGCACAACGGCACAACUUAAUAGGGCCAAGCCGGCCACUGUGCAGGCAUUUCCAUGUCCAUUAGGAACCUCCUUAAAAGGAGGGCUUUCCCCCCCUCUGACACGCCUCCAUGCCCAUUUGCCUAAUAUCAGACCUGGAGAAGGACAGCUUUAAAAGUUAGUGGAAAUGGGUUGUACUCCAUAUAAGCAUUUGUUCUUUCAGUCAACUGUUAUUUUUACUUUGCUUUGGAAUAUCUGCCUCUUAUUUUAUUACUCUAUCAAUGUUUUUGAAAUUCCUAUUUCCAACGUUGUGUGUGCCCCACUGUUAAAAUAUAUACAUCUGUCUUGUUUCUACUGACUGAUUAAACUCAGAAGGUUUUUGUUAACAAAAUUAAUUAAAUUGAGCUCCACAAAUCACUUUGACCGAUGUUUUGAUAAGGAUUACCAUUAAAUAACAAACUACAUAAAUUUGUAAUUUAACGAUAACUCCAAAAAGCACAAGCAACAUCUGUUUUGAAAUGCUAGUGGAUAAGAAAGUAUACAUGUUUCACUUUUGAGCCAACCAUAUCAAUUUAUAUAUUCCUGUUUCACAACUAUCUGGUCAAAAAUAAUGAUUAACACACGAGUUCUGCUCAAAUAUAAAUAAUAUAAGGCAAUAAGACACAGUGUAUGAACUUAGAUACAUAGUUCAGUAGGGACUUCUGUUGGAAAGUGUGUUUCCAGGAGCCAGCAGGGGCCCUCCGGACUUAAAACACGCGGUCUGUGCCUUUUAGUGACGGGGGACUGUGAAACAUGAGUCGGGAUGAAAACUGUGUGCUGGAUCCGUAUGCCAGUGCAGAUGCUGUUCGCCAAAGACGGAGAGGAGGUGCAUGAUGGAUCCCGUCCCACUGCUGCUCGUCAUACUCACAUCUUUGCCGUUAGGCUCGGCAGUCUACUCCGGGCCACUGCAACCGGAGAUCUCCAAUGGCAGUUUCCAUCACUUCUUUGUCCCGGACGGGGAUUACGAGGAGACGGAAGACCCGGAGGACUGCCAGAUGCUGUUUAAAUUCUCAGAUGUGUAUCCAUGUGGGGCUUCUGAAGAGAGGGACUCCGUGGUGAGGGACGACUUCAUCAUCACCAAGCUGCAGGCGGAGGACGAGGCGCGGCUGCUGGAGGUCAUCGGCCGGACCGUGGAGCACGACCUGGACGGAGAGGAAAGCUACCGCGAGUUCCUCCAGCGGGAGCUCUCCCAGGUCGGCGAGGCUUUUUCCAACGUGGACAAAUCUCUGUUGGAGCUGGAAGUGAAGUUUAAACAAAGUCAGGAGAAUGAGCUGAGAGAGGAGCAACAGCUGAACGGCUAUGUGUUGAAGCAAGUGAGUGACAUCCGGGGAGCUCUCAGAGAAACGACACACAUCUCUCUGGGACUGAAAGAUAAACACGAGCUGCUGUCUCUCAUCAUCCGCAGCCAUGGGACCAGACUGAGCCGCCUGAAGACAGAGUAUCUUAAUGUUGGCUCAUAGUGGGUUUGUUUUUAAAGCUUAGUGUAUAUGAACGCGUGUGUGUUUUGUGUGUGAGACAGACGCUCCAGUUCAACAAACAACUGGAAAGUUAACUGUGGUUUAUGAAUAGUAUCUUGAAUCUCUGACUGUUGGCUAUUCCCAUUCCUUGUGUCACAAAAGGGAGCUAACACAAACAUGAAGGCAUUCCUCUGAGUCAGGAGGGAAAAAGGAAAUCUGAACAUAAAUAAUGACUGCAUGGGGCCCUCUGUGCCAUCUCUGAGGAAGGUAGUAGCAUGAAAACUAAAAGCCCUUUAAGUGGAUUGAUCUCUGAAUCUAUAUUAUAUCAACAUUUAUGUCUGUAUGGUUUAAAUUAAGUUGUUUAUAAAAUUGUAGGUUAUAACUGCUUCAAACUAAUGUUUAUUAUUCCUCACAUAUCUUAAUUGUCCCUUUUACUCUUGAGCAAGACAGCAUGUAUUUCAGUAUCUUUAAAAAUGUUUUCUACUGCAUAUUUUACUAAUUUGUCCUGAGACACAAACUGCCAUACAGUGGUGUAUUAAAAAAAAAACAUAUUCAUCCUUUGGAGCUUGAGGUUUACAUAAACAGUAAUAAAACAUUUUUUUAAAACA